GGCCGGUACCUUUUCCCACGUCAUCUGUGCUCCCAACCACCCAGGAGACCCUCUGUCCCAACCCUGGAAGGAAGACCCUCCGGGUGCAGCCAGGUGGCCCUUCCCUACCGACGACCAGUGGUGACUGCGGAGCUACUGCGGGCGACCUCCGGCGGCGGAGGGACUGGGGACUGCCAGCGCCAGGGCGGGGGUGGGGGGGUCUCAUCCCCUCUGGCAGUGGGCCCUGGGCGCGCCCUCCCUAGAAGAAGCCACAAGCAGAGACCACCCCACGCACGGCCUGGUGGGGGUGGGAGUCACCUGCCCGCGCUGCGCCCUGGCCCGCGGCUUGGAUCCCGGGGGCGCUGGGGGGAGCCCGCCGGGGCUUGGGGACUGGCUGGGCGUCGCCGUGUCCCCACCCCUCGCAGAGCUCUCCCGGAACGGCGAGUGCCGGGCUCGGGGCGGGCCCGCGCCCCCCGCGCCCCCCGCCGGCCGCGCUCGGCUGUCUCCGCGCCCGGCGCUCGGCGGCGCUCGGCUGUCUCCGGCCGCUCGGCUCGGCGCUCGGCUCGGGUCCGCGGCCGCUGCGGCGCCGGGCAUUUCUCCGCAGCUCGGCUCGCGGCCGCGCCCGCCCGGCCCGCGCCCAUGCAGGCCAUCAAGUGCGUGGUGGUCGGCGACGGCGCCGUGGGGAAGACCUGCUUGCUGAUCAGCUACACGACCAACGCCUUCCCGGGAGAGUACAUCCCCACCGUUUUCGACAAUUACUCUGCCAACGUGAUGGUGGACGGGAAGCCGGUCAACCUGGGGCUGUGGGAUACCGCCGGGCAGGAGGACUAUGACCGGCUGAGGCCGCUCUCCUAUCCCCAAACUGAUGUCUUUCUGAUCUGCUUCUCCCUGGUGAGCCCAGCAUCCUUUGAGAAUGUUCGAGCCAAGUGGUACCCAGAGGUGCGACACCACUGCCCCCACACGCCCAUCCUCCUGGUGGGCACCAAGCUGGACCUCCGUGACGACAAGGACACCAUCGAGCGGCUUCGGGACAAGAAGCUGGCACCUAUCACCUACCCCCAGGGCCUGGCCAUGGCCCGCGAGAUCGGUGAGCUCUGUCAAGUACCUGGAGUGCUCAGCCCUCACUCAGCGGGGCCUGAAGACCGUGUUUGACGAGGCCAUCCGGGCUGUGCUCUGCCCACCCCCUGUGAAAAAGCCGGGGAAGAAGUGCACAGUCUUCUAGAGCCUGCUUCGAGAGGAGCAGCCCCGCCCGACCCGUGUUUGCUGUCGUGUUGAGAUGUUUGGUGUCCCUGAGUCUGCUGUGGGGGAGUGGUGUGGGUGGGGAGGGGGUAGAAGCAUGGGGACGAGGCCACCCCUCCUGGGGACAGGGCUGGGGCAGUGGAGUCCUGUCUGCUCUGUCUCCUUUUUCUGGGGGCACAGCUCCAGCUUUACCUGGACCCCACAGGAGGCUGGAAGGGAGCAGGGUCUCCCUCGGGCUGCAGGGGCGGGUCCAGGGCAGCCCCCGGCUGGGCUUCCUGAUGGGGGAGG